AUGAACGGACCGCAGAUGGGCAGCAUCAUGAACGUGCCUCCGCCGCCGCCGCGAUACCCUGCGCCGCCCGGGACCGCGUCUGGCGUCAUGAUACCCCCGCCGCCAGGUCCUCCACCAGGUAGUGCUCUUGCUCAGCAACAGCAGCAGCAGCAGCCGACAUGGCAUGGCAAUUAUGGUCGAAUGUAUGACGGCCGAGUUGGCUUCAACUUGCCUCCGCCGCCGCCCACGCCAGGUCAGCACCAGCCGUACAACCCGAAGAUUCACGCCCAGAUGGCCGCUCGACAACAGGCCAUGGCAAUGCCUCCGCCGCCACCCCCGAGCGAUGCCAUGAGCGCGACAUAUAUACCCAGUGCCAACUCGUACGGUGAGGGAGUCGGUAUUCCCGGAUUUGGCGGCGAAGAUCACUUGCCGUCAGACUCGUCCCAGGGGUUGACAAUGCUAGACAAUGGCACCGCAACGGGACUCGAGGAUCCUUCCAUAAGAGGACAACAAUAUAUGUUUUCAUCUGCACAAGCUAGAGGACUUUCCAGUGGACCUGGUCAGGCCGGCGCAGGAAUCAUUUCCCCAGAAAUGGCCGAGCAGUGGCCAUUGGACACUGUGCUCAUCUGGCUAGCCCAAAACAUGUUUUCUAGAGAAUGGCAGGAGACCUUUCGAGCGCUGCAUCUGUGUGGACAACAGUUUCUCGAGCUUGGUAACCCACAUGGGCUGCGCGGAAACCAUAGCAUGAUGCAUCAACAAGUCUAUCCCCAGCUUGCCCGAGAGUGCACACACAACGGCGUGCCUUGGAAUCAACCAGCAGAGCGCGAAGAGGGAAAGCGAAUGAGACGCUUAAUUCGAAGUAUUGUGACAGGCAAACCUGUGGAGCCAUCCAAAUCGCAUGGUAGACAAGAUUCUACUAACAGUGGGCAAAGCGCUACGAUCGCAAGCGCUGGCACUGACCCGUCUGAUUCCCCAAACACCCCUCUCAAUCCAGCCGGGCCAGGCUUUGCUGCCAGGCGAUUUUCGCAAACAAGAGCGACGACGAUGCCAACCCUGAAUACCGGGACAAUGUCUAGCUCCGAGAGCGGCCACCGCCUUGCGCUCAAAAUGUCGGAGAGCGACACGGGACGGCCCGGAAAUUCGGUUAUGAAGAACACUAUUAGCGAAGGGGCCCUUUAUCGUGGCACAGCGCAACGCUCAGACAGUCCAACUGCAGGUGCAAGUCCCGUUGCACAGAAAAUGUUUACAUCCGCCCCCAUGACCGCAUCUCCGAACUCUGGCAAGUUUGGUCACCGUUCGAGGCACAGUACAGAUUCCGUCUCUUCCAAUGCUGCUAUUUACGGAUCCGGCAUUCCUGCUGAUGCGGCAAACAUGUUUAGUCGCGGGAUGAAUAUUGGAGACAUUGUCGGUAGCCGUACGUUGGACGGCCGCUCCAGCCAGUCCCCUAAUGAGUCUGGAGAUCGCUCUGCAGGCACAGAAUCUGGCACGGCAAAGGAUUCGAAGAGCUUUCUUAGUUUCAUGCAUCGCAAAAAGAAGCAGCGCGACGAGAGUGCGAUACCAUCUCCAGAUGAGGGCGAUUAUCCGCACUCGCCCAAUGGUGCUGCCAAGCCUACGUCGCUGGGCAUUCGCGAAUCGCACACCAGCGAUAUGAAACUCGAUCACGGCAGCACUACCAAGCCCGCGCGAGUUUUUGUGCUGGCAACUUUUGACUCAUGGAACUUUCGAAUGUGCGAUAUUACCCCCGCCGAGUCAGCGUCAGACAUCAAGCGAGCAAUCUGUCUGAGCCUGGGAAUUAAUGAUUCUGGCAACGCCCGACUAUUCGCGACAGAACUUGGACACUUUGAGCAUAAGGAAGAAUUACGAGAUGAGCAGAUUGUCUCUUACAAGGAAUCGCAGCCAAAACAAGCCACGACGAUGAAAUUCUUCGUGGACCUUAACGGAAGUAACAAUAAUACUACAGGUACUGGAGGUGGUCUGCUGUCACCGAAUCACUUGCCGCCUGGCAUGGACGAGGAAGCGUACGCGAAACUUAACGGUUCUCGCCAACGAUCCAUCUCAUCGCCACCGACAUCCAGAUCGAAUACCAUAUCAGAGAACCGAAUGGACGAAAAGACGCUUGCGCAAGAGGCUAGCGAGUACCGGGCCGAAAUGGAGCGAAAACAGCGCGAGUAUCUGGAGAAACGAAAGCAGGCCAACAAAAAGGGCAGCACCCCAAAUACCCCGGAACUUGGCACUGGAUUCGGUAUCAUUGGACGGAAUGUUGACUUUGAUCAACCCCGCGACUCCCCAUUUGAGGAUAGGAAACCAUCUGAGCACCUCUUUCCCCAGAGGAAGCCACCGGCACCACCGAGUGACCCCUCAGCGACACUUCUCAAGGCCAACUCCCUUAAGAAGCCUGGACACGGCAAGCGUAGUUCUGCUGUAGGCUCAGACGGAUUCCCCAGCCCCAGGCGCCUGGUUCACGCAAAUACCGAUGGUCUGGAUGGAUUCAAGAGCCGCCAGGCUAGCGGACAACCAUUGGACGCAUCCGAAGGUAUUGGCGGCGCUUUGGCAGGAAUCGGCCGCCGCAUGGGCGCUGUCGGGCAGUCGGGUGCCAAUGCCCCACGCUCCGUCUCCAGCAUGGCAAGCUUGCGGUCUGGUACCUCUGCUGGUGGUCUUCAACGCUCAGGCAUGCCACCACCUUCGUCUUCGGAACUGAGUCCAAGCACUCUCUUGCCGAAACGCUUUGACUUUGACACUGCACCUGAAAAUGCUCAACUACGCAGCAAUAACAAUUCUCGCAAGAGUUCAGAAGUCAGCUUUGCGACACCGGCUACGACAAAGCGCCCUACUCCGGCCAAUGACGACAGUGACGACUCCGAUGACGGUCUGUUCCAGAUUCCCCUCGCUGGGCGUGAUAAAGGGAAGGGUAAGGGUAAGCCUGGGGCUAGCAGCAAGCGACCGAGUAUUAUUGUAAACACGCAGCGGCCCAAGAGCAAGGUCGUAUCCGUAUCGUUCCAGUCCCCUCAGACAAGCACAGCUACGGAGAGCCUAGACGAUGGCAGAAGCGGUGCAAGCUCAAGACGCACACCUACGACGCCUGGAUCGAGCAACUUCGAUGCCGACGACAAAGUUUCCCGGCGGAAAUCGUUCAUCGAAAAAGAUGUGUGGGCCAACCGUCCUCCCACCGAUGCACUGCUGAACAACCUCGAUGACUUCUUCCCGAACCUGGAUCUUGAUGAGCCUGUGCUAGAAGAUAGCGCCGGCAACCCCCUAACUGCUUCACCUACAGUCAACGAGAGCGAAGCAACAGGGCAUCAACGCAGCUUGUCGAAUAAUUCCGGCGGUGGUGAAGCUUCGAAUAUGCCUGCAGCAAUCCCACCUUCCAGACAGCCAUCACUAUACGGUGAAGCGGACACUCUCGGAUCGGAUGAAUCGACCCUGAAGGCAUCGGAUAGACCUAUGUCUUCUCACGGCGGAGGCUCCAGAAGCCUGAAGCGAUCGGGUGGCCUGGGCAGAAUGAAAUCCAUCCGAGAAGUAGCACGCGGUGCACACGAAGCUAACAAACGAUUCACUUCGAUGUCACAGAGCGGAGGCAAUAACACCAACUCGAACUUGAUGCGACGAAAGAGUACCAAGAUGUUCAAUGCCAAUAUUGUGCAGAUCCGGCCGGAUCAGCGCGGUAGUGUGGCGAUGCCAGACAGCGGACAAGAAACGGGGCUCAAGCGGCAGACGACAUUCCGUUGGUUCAAGGGUCAGCUGAUUGGCAAGGGUACCUAUGGUCGCGUGUAUCUGGGUAUGAAUGCCACGACUGGAGAGUUCUUGGCUGUCAAGGAGGUUGAAGUGAAUGCAAAGGCGGCUGGCGGGGACAAGAACAAGAUGAGAGAGAUGGUUGCGGCACUGGAUCAAGAGAUUGACACGAUGCAGCACUUGGACCACAUCAAUAUUGUGCAAUACUUGGGAUGCGAGCGCAAGGAAACGAGCAUCAGCAUCUUUCUCGAGUACAUUUCCGGUGGCAGCAUCGGCUCGUGCCUACGAAAGCAUGGACGAUUCGAGGAGUCGGUGGUGUCCUCGCUGACACGGCAGACGCUGUCAGGCCUCGCGUACCUGCAUCGCGAAGGUAUUCUCCACCGUGAUCUCAAGGCGGACAAUAUUCUGCUGGACUUGGAUGGCACCUGCAAGAUUAGCGAUUUUGGCAUCUCGAAGAAGACGGACAACAUUUAUGGCAACGACAAGACCAAUAAUAUGCAGGGCUCAGUGUUUUGGAUGGCACCUGAGGUGAUUCGGUCGCAGGGCGAAGGAUACAGCGCCAAGGUGGACAUCUGGAGCCUUGGAUGCGUGGUGCUGGAAAUGUUUGCGGGUCGUCGACCAUGGAGCAAGGAAGAGGCCGUGGGCGCCAUUUACAAAAUUGCGAAUGGAGAGAGGCCACCAAUUCCAGAGGAUGUGGAAGAGCUUGUUCCGCCGCUGGCGGUGGCAUUUAUGGCGGAUUGUUUCCAGGUUAACCCUGGCGAACGACCGACAGCAGAGAUACUGUUAGCGCAGCAUCCAUUUUGCGAGUUGGAUCAGAGCUACAACUUCUAUGACACGGAACUAUAUUUCAAGAUCAAAGACUCCUACAAGUCGUGA